AUGGUGUCUUCAGGGCUGCAGAUUCUGGGCGUCGGGCUGGCGGUGCUUGGAUGGAUAGGGAACAUACUGAUCUGUAUGCUGCCCCUGUGGAAGGUGUCAGCUUUCAUUGGGAACAACAUCGUGGUGGCUCAGACCAUUUGGGAAGGACUGUGGAUGACCUGUGUGGUUCAGAGCACGGGCCAGAUGCAGUGCAAAGUCUACGACUCCCUUCUGGCCUUGCCUCGGGACCUCCAGGCAGCCCGGGCCAUGGUGGUCAUCGCCAUCUUGUUAUCACUGUUGGGCCUGCUGCUCUCUGUAGUUGGAGGGAAAUGCACUACAUGUGUGGAUGACAAAGCAGCAAAAGCCAAAGUAGCCAUCUCCGCAGGUGUUUUCUUCAUCCUGAGUGGGAUUCUGUGUCUGGUGACUGUGUCUCUGCCUGCUAAUACUAUCAUAAAUGACUUCUACAACCCCUUGGUUCCUGAUGCCCAGAGGAGAGAGCUGGGUGCAUGUUUGUACGUGGGCUGGGGAGCAUCGGGACUGCUGCUGAUCGGUGGUGCUAUUCUCAGUUGUCAGUGUCCAUCAGGGCAAGACCGCUAUAAUGGAGCAAAGUACUCUCCGCCUAAAUCUACUACACCCGGGAAGGAAUUUGUCUGAGCUGGCAGCUCCUUUUGAAGAAGGCCUGACUUUCAAACACUACAAACCUGUUUCUACUUAAAG